AUGGCGAUCGUUGCACCCUCUGAGCAGUCCUUCAAACAGAUGUGGGAUGACGCAGAGCAAAGGUCCCUCAAGAUUACCAAGACGUCGCUGAGAUCGUCGCCGAAAAAGAGCCUGAACGAUGUGGUUCAAGAACUCGAGACUCGAUACAAUGAGUCUGAUUCCGCGAACGACGAACGCAACAAGCCGCGAGCCAAGGAACUGGUCGAGAAUGUCCUCAGCUGCAUUAAACUCCUGGGUGGUAUCGCCGCACAAGGCGCCUCCGUCGUACGUAUUCGGGCCUGCAAAUCUUUGUUACAGCGCCGUAUCCUUCUCGUAGACAUCCCCUCCCAAGUGAGCUCGCUGUACGAGGGAGUGGCAGAUCUCUUUCAAAGAAUCUUCACCUUCCUCAAAAUGUUUCGGCUCUAUCAGAGGAUAGAGGAUUUUGCCGAUGUGGACCUGGAGUUGAAGCAAACUACCCACAAGAUCACGAUCAGCUUCGUGACAAUCUGUGCUCUUUCCAUCAAAGUGCUUGGCCCCUCAAAGUUACGCAAGGUAAAGAUAGCUGCCAAACUCAUCCUCUUCGGCGACGACUCCGGCGUCGGGGCUGAGCUCUCCAAGUUCAAGAAGCUAGUUGAAGCAAACUCGCAGAUUUCCGAUGCUGUCACGCUGGAAGUGGUGCUGAAGUCCCAUCACGACCUAGACAGUAAGUUGAAGGUUGUCCAUGACAAGUUGAUUGAAGCGUCUGAGGAGAGUGGACGAAAGCUCGUGCUUAUCGCCUCCGGGGUAGACGCUUUGGUCAAGGCAGAGAACGAACGGAAAUUGGAGAAAGCCCAUCAAGAUCAGGUCGACACCCUGUUGAAGAAACUUUCCAUAAAAAUGGAGACGGUGCAGGCUUCUGAGCAGAUGUAUCAGAACAUCAGGGCUGCUACUGUGAGGGGAAUUGGCAUCAGUUGGCUUCAAAACGAGAGCGAAUACGAAGUCUGGAUUGAAAAAUCGGCUCCAAACCGGAUUCGCUCCUUCUGCUUACCGGCGGUGAGAAGUCUGUGCUCAGAAUCGAUGCAAUCCUCUAUGAGGGCCUCAAUUGCUUGUUACUACUUCCCAGAACCUGACGAAAAGCCGUCAAGAGAGACCUCCAUCAAAGAUACGCAGCUUCCAACGACAGCACUAAAGUCCAUGGCCGUCCAGAUUGCAAAGCGCAACAGCCAGUAUGCCAAAGAAAUGGCGACCCUCGGAGACAAGCAAGCGGCGGAGGCUUGGAUAGACCUGUCAUGCAAGGCCCUUUGGCAGACUCUACAACUCGCCGCCCCUAAGAAGGAUGCUACAUGUUUCCUCUUCUCCAAUGGGCUUGAUCAUGUCCAAGAAAGCAAGGCACAGGAAUUGCUCCAAGUUCUUCUCGAUUUCAACUCCCCAAGGUUGCGGAUCAUGGCUUCUUGCGACCCCAAGUUUGUGGACAAAUACCGAAGCAAGAUCGACAGUACGGGACGCAGGAUUCCCCGCAUUAACAUGGAGCGGAACAACUGGCCAGAUAUCGUAGCCUAUAUUGAAUACAACAUGAAGCACAACAAUCUACUUCAGGGGAAAGAGGAAGAGACUGUCGAGCUUUUGAACUACGUAAAAGACAGGGUUAACAAAUCUCAUGACGAAAUCCGAGCCUAUCUUGAUCAUGAUGCGAAGCAAACUGAAUCGCUUGUCGCACGGAGAACCCUCGACAGUCUUAACACUGCAUUGGAGCCGCACGAAAUCACUCAACUGAACGAACUGCUGGCCUGGGUUAUCUAUGGCGUAGCAUGGUUCAAUCCACAUCAUCUGAAGGGGGUGUUGGUACUUUUUUAUGGUCGAACACCAGCGAAAACGGUCGAAGACAAGCUUGACGGUGUAUACCGACAAGUUCUUAGGGUCGACUCGGAUGGGGACGUCGUCAUCGACUCUGAAAUCAAGAAACUACUGACGACGGUCCCGCGUGUCCGCCCCAGCAAGGAUGUUGUGGAUGAUAGCAAACCUUUGAUCUCGAUGACUAUCACAAUCAACCGGGUAGAUGUGGACACGGCCCGACGAUUUUUGUGGGAUUUGAGCGAAAAGGCCAACUUUGGCAAGAGCUUGCCAUUUGAUGCUCUCGUCCCCAUGGCCGAGGCCCAGGUGAAACCAAGAAUAAGUGCGAACCGUGCAGACGGUCAGCUCACGAUGGUAAGGCGAUGCGUGAAAUUACUCCUGGCCGACCCUGACUCGAGAACGGAAUGUCUCAUCUCAUACGUCCUUGAAUACCUUCCUCGGCAUCUGCAGAAAUUGCGCGGGCGUGUAGAUGAAGACGAUAUUGAUGUGACAGAGAGAAAAGAAAUUGGCCAGGCUUUGGAGAACGCUCAAGUUGCGGGUAUUGAGGUAGCUUCAACCGCAACUUACAAAGAUACCAACACUGAUGAUGGCACGCAGAAGGAUGACGGCACUUCUGUCGCUGGCUCGUCGGAUGAAGAGCAGGCAGAGGAGACCAAACAAAUAUCUCGGGCGGCUGAUUGGUUGAAAGGGAGCUUAAUGUUGGACACAAAAACUCACUUUGGUACGAGCGUCUCGGACAAUCGUUUCUGGCUUUUAGCAUAG